AUGGCAAAACUCGCUGAUGAUGCCGACUACGAUGCCGGCGAAACGUCUGCGAAUGUACCAAGUCUACUGUCUGAUGCUGGGAAUCAUGACAACUACUAUGACAGACGACUUUGGACUAGCCUCAUACAGAAAUGGAAAUGGGUGGAAGCAGAAAAACGGCCGGUUGAAGAGGACACAGCAACAAGACGAGCCGCCGAAGUCUUGUACAGACUGGCCGUCGCCAGGCGUGCUGUAGACGUGGUUUCAUGUGGUCAGUUUUCUUGGCGGUUUUGGAGCUGA